CUUACUGGCGUUCUGUCCUGACAGCUUCAGCUCCAGCUCCUGUACCUGCUUCACCAGCAGAGAGAUGUGCUGGAGCAUGUCCUUGUUCUGCAGCAGGAGCUGGUGCACGCGAGCCUGGGCCUCCAGCCGCGCCGCAGCUUCAGCAGCCAGCUGGUCCUUCAGCAAGUGAACCUGCAGGGAGGAGGGAGAGGAGACAGGACAGAGGAGAGAGGGACAGGGUGCAAACAGGAGUCACUGGGGGAUGCCCGGGACCAGAGACACCUUCCGUGUUCAAUUCAAGACAAAAGAGCCCUUCUGGGGCGAAAGGGGCACCUGGGCUUGGAAUUGGGGAGAAGCGGCCCCAAGAAGCUGGGUCACUGGCCCUGGGGGUCUCUCUGUGUGUCCCGGGUGAGGGCUGGGGUGUGUCACUCACCUACGGUGGAGCAGCGGGCAGGGGCACACCCAGCAUGCUGGGGGCCCCGGGGGGAGGGGGUCUGUUCUUGGUGCAAAUAUCGGGUACAGAGAGAAAACAUGGGGGGAGAUGGGGCGUGAUUCUAUCAGGAACCCAGCCUGAAGAAACGGAGUCACAGGGCACCGACCGUGUUCACGCAUAUGCGAUUCUGGCGCUAAGUGGUGGGUACAGGGGUCUCUGUCGAGGGUUUUAGGGUUUUAGGAAGUCCUUGAAAAAAGAGAGCUAAUGAAUUUGGCCUGGACCAAGGCAGCUUGUGGGAAAGAGGGUUUCCUUGGACCAAAAAUCCGGUGUGGACAAAGAGGCAGGGUGACUGGGGCGAGUCGGGGAGAGGCAGGAGGGGAGGGAGGAAGGGGAGGGCUCGGAGCAGCAGCUAGCUGACUCUUUGCUCAGACAAAUGCUCUGGAUUUCCGAGGAGCAGUUUGCUCCCAAGACACGCACGCUUUAUCGGGGAGUAAGAGCCCGUAGCGGCCCCGUCCUCUGGCCGAGGGACCUGCCAAACCCAGCGUCCGCCCCUUCCAGCCGCCAGAGCUUGGAGAAUCUUGCUCUCGGAUGCAGCAGCUGCUUCCCUCCUGGCAGAUUUGAGGACCUGACCUUGCAGUUGGCUCUGCUUCUAAGUGGGAGCCACUAAUGAGAUUAGUUGCCACUUUCCAUUAGUGGCUCCUAAGGUCGGGCCCGUCUUGCCCCCAGGGGAGGAUGCCGAGGGAAUCUCAAGUAAAUCUGUCCUCUGUAAGGUGCUGCUAAGGAUACAGCGGACAUUCCGGUUUAGAAAUCAGCCUCAUUUGCUGCCUCCUAUCAACUAAGGAAAGAUCUAGACAGCGAUGAGAAGAGGGAAAGAAGCAACAAUAAUAUUUUGACCUGGCUAUCAGAUGAAACAUGAGGCAGAAAUUUGGAACACAAUUUUCAAUGCACGUAAACAGAAAAAGAGAAAAUUCUACAUGGAGCUAAGUGGCAUCUGCGGAGGGCUCCCUGCACGCACACCGAGGACUCGGGUACUUGCACCUGGCCCGUGGACAUCCCGAGACAACAGGCCAUCUGAGAGCCCUAGACCAGGAGCUGGAACGUUCUGGUCUCCCGGUGGCUCCCUCCGCACCUGUAGGUAAUUCAGCUCCACCUGGACCUCACUUUCUCCACCUCUCACCUGCCCAGGGGCUCAGGCCGUGGAUGAUUCCAGCACUAGAGGCCACUCGCCAAAGGCUCACUGAGAAAAUCCCUAGAUUCCCAUCCCGACAUCAGAGAGUUAGGAGUGGGGGCCCCUCCUGCAGAAGCCGGGGAGGGGAAUAGGGGGAGCUGCUUCAGCAGGUAAUCAGGUUCCCAUGGCAGAGGGCUGGCAACGCCGCAAAGCCGGCCCUUGGGCCCCAUGCUUCCUUCCACCUCGCACUAGGUGCCACGAGAAAACGUUCCCGAGUCAGGGGGCCGAACCUGAACUGGGCCUGGCUGAGACGAGACGGCCCCGGGCUUCUUUUAAUUUUGAGGCCACAGUCCCUGGGUUUUGCACAUGUAGGUCUGGCCUCGGAAGCAUGGAAAUGAGGCAGCGUUAUUUUGGGGCCUGCCUGCGCACCCUGCUGCGGCUCCGAGGGCUCGCUUCCUGGGCGAUAACACGGGAGGAGAUUCCACCCACCUGCCUACCACGUGGGCCAGUUACUGGUAUUCCACAGGCUUCUCUUCCAAUAAUUAAACAUCUUUUUUGCAAAAGCAGGGCCGUAUUAAUCCCUGAAGAGGCGCGAGGCAGCUUCUCCCUUCCCGAGAGCUAUGGGGUCUUGGGCGACGACCACCCCGCCCUGCAUUCCUGCUGCAGCUCUGCAACCCUGCACCCCCCGGCUUGGACCCCUCCCCCCUGCCCAGCCCACCCAGCCCACUGCCCACUCGCUCUCCAGCCUACUUGCCUGGACUCCAGCUCCUCCGUGAGAAGUGGGGGCAGGGCCAGGCUGAGGUCAGGGAGCAGGCACAUGGAAAUGGCGUGGAGAGAACCAGAGCAAUUUGCCCCCCCCCCGCCAGCCCCCCACCGGACACACAAGCGGAGGCAGGCGGCGCUGUCUCGGCAUGCAGGAGGCCGGGGCUGGGCAGCGCACCCCGGGAAAGCCUCGGGGACAAAAGGUAGGUCUGGGCCUGGACGUGGGGUGCGGGAGUGUGGUCAGUGCUGUGUCUCUAACUACAGGACCCGUGAUGGCGAAGCAAGAGGAACCCACCACUGGUUUCCGAAUAAGCACAAGUGGCAGGGGGUAGGGGAGGAGUCUCGAAACAGCAGCAGCGCGGUGCCCAGACCCGUUCUGGAGCGCUGUGGGCCGAGCUCAUGGCCAUGCAGGUGCCGGCGACAGCCCAGCUCGGGUUCAAGGCUUGGCUGGGUGGCCAGUCACACCCUUGAACUUCUGGCCCAAUGGAAAACGGGAAGCUAGCGCAGCCAGGCAAGCCUCAUGCUGGGUCGGGGAAGUAGGUCAGAAGGGCCCAGGUAGUCACUGUUUCCAUGCUGACGGCUAAGCUAGAAAUGUUAGAAAUGUUGGUUCAGCAUCACCCUUGCCCCUGGGCCCCUAAGGCCAGGGCAGGCUCCUCUAGGCCAGCUCUGAGCCAAUUUAGGGAGAGGCUGGGAGAGAUCCGAGCAGGAGACCCAAGCCCGGUCCCAGGAUAACAGCAGAACUGGAAUAGCCUAUGACAGUACAUGGGGGUGUGUGUGGACCCCCAAGAGUGCACCUGUUGGCAAGCCACUCUGUAUCCUUCGCUCUACCCGGAAGGGCCUGGAUGCUCCCAGAGGAAAGGAAAACGUGUUCCUACCUCAAGGGCUGAGCUCAUCGUUAUCGCUCACUGGAAUUCUGGGGACUGUUGGCAGUUUAACGAAGAAGAGAGAAACCCUGCAGUUUGGCGGCAAGAGAGUUUGACACGAAGAGUAAAAGCUGACCUGAUGCAGGACACUGAGAUCAGUCCCACCACGUGCGAGAUCCGCUCCAUCGUAGAUGCACGAAAGGUGUCAACAAGACCUAUUAAGCCACCUCUGUCGCCUGUACGGUUGCUUUUACCCAAAGACACGAAUACUAAUAAGAAGCCCUUGGAUCAAGGGCUACAGAGAGAAUGGGGGAAAAGAGAAAGUUGUCACAGGAGAAGGGCUUAGGGCCGAGCGUGCUGGAGGACACAGGCGCUGAAAGCCUCGGCUACCACACGUCUGCUGCGUUCCCAGGCAGCAGACACAGAUGCAAACGGAGGGUCUGCCCAGAGCCUGCCCCUGGGCACGGCAGACAGUGAGACAGGCGCAUGUUCGAGAAGCGAUCUCGGACCUUCGGGGUCCUGUCCGCCUGAAGACUGCGAAGCACCUGACCCUACCCGUCGUCUCGCCAGGACUGACGCGCUGCGCUGGCCUUCCAGUCGCAUCACGGCCCGAACGAGAGUCAACCGGGCACCACCGACCGCAUCCACAGAUCGUGAGUCAGAGGUGAAGGGCUCCCAGCCCGUGCAAGUGGCUGGAACCGAGAGGGGCUCACGAAGGGACCCGCAAGCAUCCUGCUCUUCCCUUCCCCGAGAUCCACUCUCUCCCAGGAGAGAGACGGUCGAGACUGGGCAUUGCCGUCCCACUGCGACAGAUGCCGGAUUCUGCACCAAAGAACCCCUUAGGGUUUCAGGCUGCCGGUGGUAAAGCCAUGAUAAGUCACAGGCCUCGUGGCUUUGCAGACCGAACGCUUCCACGGACCAUCACAACAAUCUCCCGGCGGAGAUGAUAGGUGUGCACACAGCUUCUCUUGCGUGUUUAGCAGUGACUUCAAAUUCAAAUGACUCCCUGAUGAUAUCCAUCAUGAAUAUGCAUCAAGCCCUUUCUUAGAUAAAUAAUAAUUACUUGGCAAUUGAUAUGCUGGAAGAGAGAAAAGUAUUACGGUUGGAGAAUGGAUUUGUAUUCAGGGGGAAACUUUGGGAAAUGAUGGGAGUCGUGGAACGGCCCUGAGCGGGAGCACUAGGGCUUUGUACUCCUGUCAGCCGCACGCCAGGGAGGAGGGGACUCUGGGGACUGUCAUGUCGCCAUUAAGGAGACGAGAUGAGUUCUGUUAUUUGACAAAGAGCCAUGAUCUCCCCCCCC